AUGUGGUUGAUUGCUCUUUUGGUGCCACUGCUUCCCACCAUCUUCAUGGUGUCCAGCCUUUAUUGUGGUAUAGUUUCUAUCCUGUGCCAUCAAGCAUUGGCCUGGGCUCUGAGGUUGGUGGGAGGGGAGGCGUGUGUCAAGAGCACACACGUCUUUGUGUUCUCUAAUUGCACCCAUGGCAAAGGUGACAGCGUCUUAGAGACCUUUGACCUUUAUGCUGAGACACAUCAGUCUCUCUGCAUUGGUCCACAGAUUGGUGAGAUACUGGAUGACGUAGUGAAAAGUGUCCGCCCUUUGUGGGUGCUGGAGCUCAGAAUGCACUGUGGCUACAGCUCUGGCCGUCUGCUUCGUCUGCUGCCCCAUGGAGGCAGACUAAUCACAGUGGUGCUGGACCCAGUCACAGCAGAUCUUGGAGAGGAAAUCAUCCUGGUGGCUGGCUUCAAGCAAUCCCAGGUACAGUUUUUACCCAGCUCAGCUGAGGCCAUCCCAACAUUAAAUUCUUUCAGUGAUGGCAUAAAUCUGGUGCUAAUGGACCACGAUUCCCAGCAGUACCUUUUAGAUCUGCUGGCCUUGGAGAGAGAGGAGCUCCUCUGCCCAUCUGGCUGCACUGUGCUGUUGAAUAGAGGAAUCAAAGAGCCGAUGAUCUCAGAGGAGUCCUGGAUCACACCAGAGGAAGAGUCGAUUCCUACUGCAUCAAAACAGAGCAUCCAUUUAUGAUGGAGAUUUUUUACAGGAAGGGAAGUACAAAGGAAGUCUGCAAUGGCAAAGUUUAGCUAAGAUGUGGGUGUAUUUUGGGGGUGUUAAAUAUUUCAUAAUCUCUAGUAUGACUCAUAAGGCAAAGAACUGCAAU